CACAGAAGUUUUCAGUGUCUGGACCCUGAAGAGGAAGCAGAAGAUCUCAGAAGAGCACAACUUCCCACAGUGUGCCACCUCAGUGCCCAAAGGGCUCAGGGAAGCUGUGCAGGAAGGUCUGGAUGUCCCUUGUGAUCACUGAUAUUUGAGAGCUCAAAGUCUCCUCAUGGCUCCUUAUCACAUUCGACAGUACCAGGAGAGGGACCACAAAAGGGUCCUGGAAUUGUUCUCCAGGGGCAUGAAGGAGCUUGUCCCUGCCGCCUUCUACCAUAUGCUGACACUGCCUCAUUCUCUCCUGCUCUUACCCGGGGUGCCUGUGACCAUGGUGCUGGUGUCUGGCUCCUGGCUCCUGGCUACAGUAAGCAGCUUGCUUCUUCUCCUUUGCCUGUGGCUCAUUUUCUGGGUUUCCUGCAGAAAUUUUGUGGCUAGAAAUUUGCAGGCAGACCUGGCUGACAUCACCAAGUCUUACCUAGAUGUCCAUGGCUCCUUCUGGGUGGCUGAGUCUGGAGAACAGGUAGUGGGCAUGGUGGGUGCUUGUCCAGUCAAGGACCCUCCAUUAGGGAGGAAGCAGCUGCAGCUCUUUCGCCUGUCUGUGUCAUCACAGCACCGAGGACAGGGGAUAGCGAAGGCACUGGUCAGAACUGUCCUCCAGUUUGCACAGGACCAGGGCUACAGUGAUGUUGUCCUUGAGACUGGCAGUGUGCAGUAUAGCGCUCUUGCUCUCUACCAGGCCAUGGGCUUCCAGAAGACAGGCCAGUACUUCGUCAGCAUAACCAAGAGGUUAAUGGGUCUCUCUAUCCUUCAUUUCACCUACUCUCUCCCUUUUGCUUGGGGACCAGGGUAUAGCGGGAAAUAUUUUUUAAAAAAAGGCCCCACCCCACAGUAG